AUGGCACCGUCUGGCUCGAACCCGCUGGGGCCAGUGUUCCAGACCGUCGCCGCCUUCUCCCGCCGCCUCCUCAUCGCCCCCGACACCGCACCCGACGACCACCGCCUCCGCCCCCUCCUCUCCCUCUCCCUCUCCCCGCCCGCGCCCCUGCCCCCGGCCCCGCCCCCGCCGCCGGAGGUCCUCAAGCAGAUGGAUACGAAGGUGGCGCCCCUGACGAAGGAGGAGGUUGGCCGGGCCACGUGGAUGCUGCUCCACACCAUCGCCGCACAGUUUCCUGAUGAACCAACCAGGCAGCAGAAACGCGAUGCGAAAGAGCUGAUGGCUUUACUUUCUAGAAUUUAUCCUUGCAAAGAGUGCGCUGAUCACUUCAAGGAAGUUUUGAAAGCAAAUCCUGUGCAGGCAGGAUCCCAGGCUGAGUUCUCUCAGUGGUUAUGCUAUGUGCACAAUGUGGUUAAUCGAAGCCUUGGAAAAACAAUAUUUCCCUGCCAGAGAGUAAAUGCACGGUGGGGCAAGCUGGAUUGCCCGGAUCGCGCGUGCGACCUAGAAGGCUCGAACGACAUCAUGCCGAACCGAUGA